AUGGCUACAGCCUUAUUCACAAUUAUCGCGAUGGCUGCAUUCGCGUCUGCACCCACCGGUUUAGCUCAGUCUCCGGAACCAGACCACUUGGUUAACAAGUGUAUGGCUAAGAUAUCUUCAAGAUGUGCAAUGUAUGUCACGGCUGAAAUGUUUGGCCGUAGUCCAUUGAAACAAUACGGAUGUUGUCUAGAAAUUUAUCACAUGGGACGAGUUUGUCUUGACAUCGUGACAAAGCAUGUAACCGAGACGCUUGUGCCCAAGCUUAAUGGUGUUCAACAACAAGACUCUAUCGAGAAAAGCACACAAAUAUGGUAUCUUUGUGUUCCGGUUUAA